AUGUCAUUUGUCAUCAACAUCCCAUCAGACGAAGAGGACGACGAUGAGGUUCAGGUUCUAGAGUUUAGGAAGAGAACUCAGGAGCUUAUAAACGAAGCGCCACCCAAGGUCGUGAAAAAACUCAACGAGGCAGAGUGCCCGAUCUGCUUCGAUACGGUCACCAACGCCACCACCACCUUCUGUGGACACGUCUACUGCUUGGAGUGUCUCCAGCAGAGUAUUUCAGCAUCUUCGGCCCAGGGCCAGACACGCGGAAGACGUGGUGUUGGUCUUUGCCCCAUGUGUCGAAAACCAGCAGCAUUCAAGGAUGCUCUAGUGCUACGGCUCAGAACAGGCCGCAAGGUAGAGCCGCCUAAGGAAGAUGAGAAUUCCGAGGAAGAAGAUAAUGGUGAGGAGAAGAUCAUUAUCGGUGGCCAGAGGGGCCAGAAACGGAAGCUAGAGGAAGACGGCAGUGACGAGGAAAAUGAUAACAUUGAUGAGCUUUUCGAGGAAAAGUAA